CCGUGUCUAGCCGCCACACGGCUGCACCUCUACCGGCUUCCUGCUCCUGCUCCGGCCAUGUCGGCGACGGCGGCGAUGGUCCCGCCCGCGGCGGCCGCGGCGGCGGCGAGGACGCUGCUCUGCGUGCCCGCAACGGCGCGUGCCCCGCGGGAGAUGGCGGCGGAGGCGGCGGCCGCCGCGGCGCUCGGCGCCGACGUGGCGGAGCUCCGGCUCGACCGCCUCUCGGGAUUCGCGCCCCGCCGGGACCUCCCCGUCCUCCUCGCCCAGCCGCGCCCGCUCCCAGCCCUCGUCACCUACAGGCCGAAGUGGGAAGGAGGUGAGUAUGAAGGCGAUGACGAGCCACGGUUUGAGGCGCUUCUAUUGGCAAUGGAGAUGGGGGCUGAAUAUGUUGAUAUUGAGCUUAAGGUUGCUGACAAAUUUAUGAAACUCAUUUCUGGAAAGAAACCUGAAACUUGUAAGCUCAUUGUUUCGUCCCAUAACUUUGAGAACACUCCUUCAGCAGAGGAGCUUGGGAAUUUGGUGGCUCAGAUACAAGCAACAGGAGCUGACAUAGUGAAAAUUGCAACCACUGCCACUGAAAUUGUUGAUGUGGCAAAAAUGUUUCAAACACUUGUACAUUGUCAGGUGCCAAUCAUUGGACUGGUGAUGAAUGAUAGAGGUUUUAUUUCUCGAGUGAUUUGCCCCAAAUUUGGUGGAUACCUUACCUUUGCCUCUCUUGAGAAAGGAAAAGAAUCUGCGCUGGCGCAACCAACUAUAACAGAUUUGAUUAAUGUGUACAACAUCAAACAGAUUGGUCCAGAUACUAAAGUGUUCGGUAUUAUCGGAAAGCCUGUUGGCCACAGUAAAAGCCCAAUUUUGCAUAAUGAAGCUUUCAGAUCAGUGAGUUUGAAUGCUGUUUAUGUGCCAUUUUUGGUGGAUGACCUGGCUAAUUUUCUUAGUACAUACUCGUCACCAGAUUUUGCUGGCUUCAGUUGCACAAUUCCCCAUAAGGAAGCUGCUGUUAGGUGCUGUGAUGAAGUUGACCCUAUUGCCAAGGACAUUGGAGCUGUCAAUACAAUCAUCAGAAAACCUAAUGGAAAACUUGUAGGCUACAAUACUGACUAUGUUGGUGCAAUUUCUGCUAUCGAGGAUGGAAUAAGAGCUACUCAACCAACGGACACUGCUGCUUCACCAUUGGCUGGUAGGCUUUUUGUUGUUAUUGGAGCUGGAGGGGCAGGGAAAGCACUAGCUUAUGGUGCAAAAGAGAAGGGAGCACGAGUUGUAAUAGCAAACCGCACUUUUGCACGUGCUCAAGAACUUGGUAACUUACUUGGUGCGCCUGCUUUGACUUUGACGGAGUUGGAAAAUUACCAUCCAGAGGAAGGGAUGAUUCUUGCAAACACAACUGCAAUUGGAAUGCAUCCAAAUGUCAAUGAAACUCCUUUAUCCAAGCAAGCACUUAAAUCUUAUGCCGUUGUCUUUGAUGCGGUCUAUACACCAAAGGAGACCAGACUUCUCCGAGAGGCUGCUGAGUGUGGAGCCACAGUAGUUAGUGGUUUGGAGAUGUUCAUAAGGCAAGCAAUGGGUCAGUUUGAACAUUUUACAGGCAUGCCAGCUCCAGAUAGCUUGAUGCGUGAUAUUGUUCUGACAAAGAUACAGUAAGUGGACGAUUGUAAAUUCCGAGCACUGGCAAAUUCCGUGGUUAAUCCCGAUGCAAAUGGAGUUGGGAUGACAGCACAAAAGGCUCGUUUGUGAGUCUGUGGUUGAGUUUACUUAUAUUUAUGGGUAGAUUAUGGGAUGAUUUCAACUGAAAUUCUCUCAAAUUGUAUUACAUUUUUGUAUUGGACAAGUUUUUUGCCCCUACAUGGUUGCAUGAAAGAUCAGGAAGGAAGCUUGUUUGGAGAUUUCGUGAGGCUCCUCAGAAUUAUAUGUAGUUUUGCAAUAAUAAAUCAUGUCAUGUUCCAUUCGUUA